AGCGUUUCCACCGACGUUGUUGCUUCCGACAGCGGGAUAGACGAAGUACUUUCUAGCCUUUUUUUCAGCACUUUAAACCCACAGACUUUGCUUGUUCCACUGUCAGACUAUUCAGCGACAUAGUUGUGGACUUUAUUCGUAUACCUACUACUUUUAACAAUGCCUCGGGGCGGCAAAAGAAGCCACAAGGGCAGGGGGAAGCAGUUCAGUAACCCAGAGGAGAUCGACCGACAGAUGAAAGCGCAGAAAGAGUUGGAAGAAAACCCUGGCGCAGCAGAGAAGGGAAGCGACGCAGACUCCGAUGAAGAGAGCAGCAGUGAUGAAGAAAAUGACUCCAGAAAAAGAAGUGGGGUGGAGGGGCUCAUAGAGAUUGAGAACCCAAACCGUGUGUCUCAGAAGAGCAAGAAGGUGGCGGAGUUAGACGUCAACGCUCCCAGAGAGCUGUCUCGCAGGGAGAGAGAGGAGAUCGAGAAGCAGAAGUCAAAGGAGCGCUACAUGAAGCUCCAUCUGGAGGGGAAGACGGAUCAGGCCCGGGCCGACCUCGCCAGACUGGCCAUCAUCAAGAAACAGAGAGAGGACGCAGCCAAGAAGAGAGACGACCAGAAGAAAGGUGAGAGGACACCAGAGUGCUGCGGGAAUGAGUCCUAA